AUGUUUCAUUGUACGAUCUAGUCGGAGGGGGCAGCCUGGCCAUUACACGAACGAGCAACGUGUGUGAUAGUGGUUUAUUUAGUAGUGUCUAUCUUCUUGUGUUUGUUUUGAGAAAACUGAACAGAUUUGACUCUCAGGAGUGCACGUAACAGAGUUAUUUACUUUGGUUCAAAUGUCGAUAAUUGUUUUUGGCUGAGAGACACUGUUAGCUAUCGCAAACUAUCAACUCUCAGCCGGUGACGGAGAGCUGCAAAGAAAGUGUAGCUAGCUGGUCUUGAUUUCAAAAGCCUUUACCGCAUGGUUCAGUUGUUUCACUUAGUACAGUUAUAGUUUUUGCUAUAUUGUGUUCCCAAACAGUACAGAUAGCUCACCGAAAUAAUUUGUUCAUUUCAGCUGAUUGGUGUUUUUUUAUUUUGACUUCAGUCUGCAAGAUCGCUAUCCUGGAAAAGAGCUUUAUCACCACUGCAUUACAGUAGUCUCUGCUAUCCGGCUAUCGGAGGAUGGUGUCCCGCGUCGCAACGUAGAUAAAGGUAGCUAAAGUCAAGACUUCUGGACUGCGUGUGUCGUAAUUUGUCACCCAUCGUGGAUCAAGCUUGGUAGUAAAAAUUAGAUCACGGAGACGUUACUCACAGACUUCUAGCUAACAGUAAGCUAGCCAACGAUUGCAGGAACUGACCAAAUUGGUAUUUGGUAGCCAAAAUAACUCUGUAAGUCGAAACAUAUAGCGAAAAGCGUGCUUUUUGUUUUCAGGAAUAUCCAAUGUUCGUUGUACGUCACUACAUUUCCAAGCUAGCGACCCCCAUCUAACAUUUAGCAGGUAGGUGAGCUGGUACAAUUUGAGAAGUGUGCAGUUGUGUAGGUUUUCGGUGACCGCUAAAUUGCUAUCUGAUAAUCGCGAGUAAUACUCUUGCUUGUUGCUAGCUUGUUGUAGAGGUGUUGUUGCUGUUGAGCUAGCUAACUGGGUAGCUAGCGAAGUAAACCAUCCACGCCUGCGUAAGAAAACAGACAGUUGUUAUUUAUAGUAAGAAUAAGUAUAAAAUGAAUGGGUUUAGUACUGAAGAGGACAGCCACGAUGGGCCUCCGGCUCCGCCGUUUUACGGACAGAGCUGCUGUCUUAUCGAUGACGGGGAGCGCUGCGGCCGAUCCGCUGGAAACGCGUCCUUCAGCAAGAGGAUUCAGAAAAGCAUAUCCCAGAAGAAACUCAAGCUGGACAUUGACAAAAGCGUGCGGCACUUGUACAUUUGUGACUUUCACAAGAACUUCAUCCAGAGCGUCCGCAACAAGAGGAAGAGAAAGGCCAGUGAUGAUGGCGGGGAGUCGCCCGACCGGGACGUUGAAGUGCCAGAGGUUGACUUGUUCCAGCUGCAGGUGAACACACUGCGACGCUACAAACGACACUACAAACUGCAGACCAGGCCAGGCCUGAACAAAGCACAGCUGGCAGAGACUGUUAGUCGCCACUUCCGGAAUAUUCCUGUGAAUGAGAAGGAAACUCUGACGUACUUCAUAUACAUGGUGAAGAGCAACAAAAGUCGUCUGGACCAGAAGUCUGACGGCAGUAAACUGGAAUAAAGGUUUUUUUUGUUUGUUUGUUUGUUUUUUUUUACUUUUGUUUUUCAGAGUGUGUAAGCAUGUAUAUUAAAUUUGUUAGGACUUUACAGAUUCAAUGUGUUAAAAGCUUAUAUUGGGUAUAAAUAUAUAUGUACAAGCAUACAGAACACAAGCAUUGUCAGUAGAAGAAAUAUGUAGUACCAUUACAUUGAGAGAGAUUUCUUUUUCCUUUUUAAAAUUGGUGCUGACUGUUGAUUCUGCUCUACAAAGUGUAUAUUAUUGUGCCAAACUGCAGUGUGUAAAAUAUUCAUAAAACUUGUGUUUUUAAUGGAUACUAUGGUGGUGAUAUAGUCAGAGACAGUUUUGUUGGAUCUAUAUGUGCAGGCUUUAAAAGUCUUCUAAACAGGGUCCUUUGUUGUGACGGAAGGUUAGUUCUCUGUUUCUCCCUUGGGGUUCUCCACAGAUGGGUCUUCCACAGGGCUCCCUUCCGGAUCCUUCCAUAUCUCACACAUUCCCAGUCACAGCCAACACAUCACUCACAAAACAUGCUUUCCUUGCUGUGUCCUUGCUGUGUAAUACUCUGCAUUCUACUUACGUGAGAGUGGUUCUUCCCCUCAUUGUCUAUUUAAGUUUCAUCUCUUAUCUUGUGAAAUGUUAAUAUUUUAGUCAUUUUGAUGAGCGUAUGAACUCCUCACUAAAAUCAAGGGAAAGUUAACAUUAAAUGUCCAAUGGUUAAUCCUCUCCCAGGUGGUUUUGUUAGAAUUUAUGUGAACGGCCACUGUACUUGAACUAUAGGCCCGACGUAAACGGCAGCGGUUUUGUUGGAAUGCUGCACUCGUCAUGUUUUGAGGGGGAUUUAUUUAAACAAAACUCACUCCGUUUUUAUGCUGGAUCAAUGGUUAUCAAAAUGGAGAGUCCUGGGGAGGGGUGGGUAGGGGGGGUACGGGGGGUUGGCAGGUGCAUGUGUUGGGGAAAAUUAAUUUAUCAUACAUGCACUUGUCAGAUUAAUGCUGCACAUGCAGCUGAUUUGAAGGGUUAAAAACAUUUUAGCAGGCUGCUGGGUAGCUCAUCUUGUUAAGGCACUAUUCUAGUGUGUGGAUUAUACACCAGGCCAUGGCUGCAGCAGCCUCAUAGGAUGUUGUAUAAUUGGCCGAAGUAUUGCCUGGGGAAAGGGAGAUCGUGCACCAGUGGCUCCCUCUAGUCAAGCUGGGCACGGAUAGUGUGUCUGCACAAUCUGCACAUGAGAAGGCCUCCUCAGACUCCUUGUCUGAAAGCAUAUGGUAAUUGUUAUCCUGUAGGGUCGCAUGUAAUCGGCCACACCGCGGCCGUUUGUGUUGACCGGGGAGGGUGGGAUUUCAUUCAGAAGGACGCCCGUCUCAUCGCACAUCGCCAACCCCCGUCUGGUCCGUUGAACGGCCGCAGUCGUCCUGUACAAGCUACACGUGACGUGUUCUCCAGCUCACCGGCAGACUCUGGAGUAAGAAAAGCAGUGGAUGCUAUUCUGUGCUUGUUUGCACUCUUCCAAAUUGACAGUGUGCUUAUCACUGGACAAAUAUUGGUAAAAUGAAAAUAAAAAAAGUACAUUAUUCCAUAUUGGAAAGUAUAUUUGGCUACAUUUGAGUAAGGAGUAGGUCACAGAAAAUGCAGUCCUACUGAAGGGGGGCCAUGGGCUCGGCUAUUGAGAAUCCCUGUGCUGGAUCACAGCUCACAGAGGACCUGACUGAACAACUGUGCCCAGCACGGUUUCUGCCGGGUGUUUCCCUCAAGACCCUCAGAGCGGCUGUUUUCAUUAAUGUGCUGAGAUGCGGUCACAGCGACUUUCUGAAUUCUCACUCUGUACUGGUUUAUUUCAAUUCUGAAGUGGAGGUCAAGUCUCAAGCACUGAAGACUGGCCCUAUUUUUUUGGAAGCAAAAUAAAAUUUUUUACUGUAUGCUUUUUAUUUUUAAAAAUGUACAUUUAUGCCAAAAACAAUUGCGGCGUAAUUGAGAAAAUACAAGUCGGGUCAUGUUUUUAUUUUUAUGAAAUGGGUGGUCACAAGACAUUGGUAUUGCUGUGGAAUGCUUUCAAUGAACACUUGAUUGUAGUCCAUAGUAAUUGUCACUGUCAAGACUGUCAUAACUCUAGGAUCUGAAUGUACUCUGGGGCUUUGAGAGGAUGUUUGGAAUGUAUAAACCUGUCCCAGAUUGUUUUGUUUUUUUUGUCCUUUUUGUUUGAUGAGUAAUUGUAUCAGUAAUAACUUGUGGUAGUGAGAGCAGUAGUGCUGUUUUUUUUUGUUUUUUUUGCUUUAUUGUAAGUUGCAUAAGGAAUUCUUUUUAUUGUGUCUCCAUGUUUUGUCAGACAUUUUUACAGCUCAGAAAAAGUCACUUUUCCAAAUACUGCACAGCUGCCUUGCAGUAGAAACCCUGUAAUAUGCACUCCUGGCAAAACAUUUUGUCAUCAGCAGUAUUUCCCUAACUCUGACUUCAUCAGCAGUACUGCCCUAACUGACUCAAUUCCUAGUACUGCAUUAAUUCCUGAUUUCUUUAGCAGUACUGCCAUCUCCCAGCACAGGUGAAGCUUCACAUAUUGCCUUACUUUGAUGUCAUGUUAGCUAUUGGUUGUCAUGUGGAGAUCUUAUUUAAGUUGAUUGUGCAGAGCACUGUGUUAUCUGUCCUUUGCUGGCCCGUGGUAUUGAGCUGUGAUCAUGUCAUGUAGCAUGACAACAUGUAGCAGUAUAAUGUACACACUGCAUGUUUGCUGUUCAGACCUAUUUACUGUAUUAGUUGUAUGUUUGUACACAUGGCUGCUUACUGCUUUUAAUAAAUGAUCUGUACACAGAAAA